AUGGCAAUGUUAGUCAGUGUGUGGAGAGAUCCACAAGAGGACUUAGCAGGGGGAUCUCUGAAUGGCUCAAACACGCGUGAUCAGCCAGGCAGAGAGCUUCGCCUGGCAUCGGCAGCGUCUCACACCGUACAUACAGGAGAUCCCUUAACGCAAGGAUCAGCGGAGGACAAAGGACACAGCCAGACCUCCGGGCAAAAUCAGCACAUAGAAUGCGUGGUCUGUGGAGACAAAUCUAGUGGAAAGCACUACGGACAGUUUACCUGCGAGGGAUGCAAGAGUUUUUUCAAAAGGAGUGUCCGUCGCAACUUAACAUAUACAUGCCGCGCUAACAGAGCAUGUCCGGUGGACCAGCAUCACAGGAACCAGUGUCAGUACUGCCGGCUCAAGAAAUGUUUGAAAGUGGGCAUGCGACGAGAAGCGGUUCAGAGAGGAAGAAUGGCUCCGACCCAGGCGAACCCGGGCCAUUAUGGACUGACCAAUGUAGAUCCACUGAAUAGUCACUGUUUUCUGUCUGGGUUCAUAUCACUCCUGCUUCGAGCAGAGCCGUACCCAGCGUCUCGCUAUGGUAAUCAAUGUAUGCAAGCUAGUAACGUCAUGGGGAUUGAGAAUAUAUGUGAGUUGGCAGCCCGUUUACUCUUCAGCGCCGUGGAGUGGGCCAGGAACAUUCCCUUCUUCCCCGAUCUUCAAAUAACGGACCAAGUUUCUCUCCUAAGGCUGACGUGGAGCGAGCUGUUCGUCCUAAACGCUGCUCAAUGCUCCAUGCCUCUGCACGUGGCUCCGCUGUUAGCGGCGGCGGGACUUCAUGUCUCUCCAAUGUCCGCGGAUCGAGUUGUGGCUUUCAUGGACCACAUACGCUUUUUCCAGGAGCAAGUUGAAAAAUUAAAGGCUUUGAAUGUCGACUCAGCUGAGUUCAGCUGUGCCAAAGCAAUCGUGCUUUUUACAUCAGAUGCAUGUGGUCUGUCAGAUGUGCCUCACAUAGAGGGUCUGCAGGAGAAGUCGCAAUCUGCCCUUGAGGAAUAUGUUAGGAGUCAGUACCCAAACCAGCCCACGCGCUUUGGAAAACUUCUUCUGAGGCUUCCCGCGCUUCGUAUGGUGUCAUCCUCUGUAAUCGAACAACUCUUUUUCGUCCGGUUGGUAGGUAAAACCCCAAUUGAAACGCUAAUCAGGGAUAUGUUAUUGUCGGGGAGUAGCUUCAAUUGGCCAUACAUGACGAUUCAGUGAAGUCCCACAGGAAGAUACCAAGGACGGAUUCACCUGCGCUAAUGGGAGACAAUUUAAUGAGCAAAACCAUGAUAAUCGCACGUGGAAGGUGAAAACAUACAGCAAUCUGACCGCAUACUCUGUCAGUGUGGAUUUAGACCUUUAAACAGAAUAAAACUUCAUCAACCUCA